ACAGCAUCCACCGACCUUGCCAUGGCGCCGCCGCUACAGACCAUCCGCCGUCGUUCUGAGGGUACCGGGAGAUGCGCCUCUUCCUCCUCUUCAACCUGGUUCAAGGAAUCGAGCCGGGGCGCUCUGAAUCAAGCGCAAGGUCGCCGUUUCUCCUCCAUGGCCGCCAUGCUCCGGCGUCGAUUCCGGCCGCCCUCGUCCUCCUCCGGCCAAACCGAGCACACCACCGGCUUCCUCAUGUUCAGCCGCACCUCCGACGCCAUCUCGCUUCUUCUGGUUCGCCCCGAGCCAUCGAAUCCUCCUCCGACCAGAGCUUUCCGCCAUGGAUGUGUAUGUUCCAGAUCUUCACUUCGUUUUGAUUUAAAACGUGGUGUGCCUCGUCAUAAUCAACAUCAGCUACAGCAGCCCAGUGAUCUCGUGGCUGGAUAUGCUUCAGUUAUGCAGAGCCGUACCAAAAUCAACAAGAGCAGCCCAGCACAGCUGAUCCGCCAACGGGCUUCGACCCAGAUUGAUCCGGCCCAGCAGCACCAGCUCGCCAGGCGCUGCAGCAUUUGCUUCUUCCCGGAUAGGAUCGCGAAGUGGAGUUGUGAGAUACAACGACUUCCUGGACGCGCACGAACACAGUUGAGCCAGCGGAGCAGUUCGCGCGGGGCAGCGCUAGAGAACGCGUUCGACGCGAACGGCCGCGUGGAGAAGUUUGGUGGCGGCGCUGCUUGCAUUUGGUCGCCGGAGCGACGCCCGGGACAAUGUCUGACGGUGGCGCACGGUGGUCCUCGAUGGGAUGACAAACCAGAGCGAGAGGAAGGAAGGGGCGAGUUCUAG